AUAUCGAUAAUUGACGUCAAUGACAAUGCUCCUCAGUUUAACCAACCGGAGUAUACUUUUCACAUUGCCGAGAAUCAGCCUCGUUCUACGCAAAUCGGUCAGAUUACGGCAACGGACUUGGACAGCGAAAUCCACGGUCCGAUCACUUAUUUUCUGUCCACUGAUCGAGACGCACUUGCAUUUCGUCUGGACCGAGAGACCGGAGUGUUACGUAGUCGUCAGCCCUUGGACAGAGAGGAGCAGGCUCGUUACGUGUUUCGGGUGUUGGCGCGCGACGGCAGUCCCAGUACUGCAAGCGUAACAGGGACACGUUCUGCUGAGAGAUCGGUUCCCGUGGGCACGGUACAACUAACCGGAACCGCCACGGUCACAGUUAUGGUAGACGAUGUGAACGACAACUGGCCAGUGUUUAUCAGUCCAAACGCCACCGCAAACACAUUGGCAAUUGCAAUAGAUGAAACACUGGGACACAAAUUGGCAUAUAUUCAAGCAGAAGAUGCUGAUCAAGAUGAGAAUGGGUUGAUCAGUUAUCACAUUCGAUCAGGAAACACCCAACGUCUCUUUGGUUUGGAUUCAGCAACCGGUUUGCUAUAUUUGGCCGGUAACUUGGGUCAACCAUCCACAGGAACCCCACAAGAAGCCAGCACAGAAAGAAAUGAUACCAUCGAUACCCCAGAAUGGCCAACACACUUGUACAAACCAAGUUUUCACGUGCUGACUUUGGAAGCAUGUGAUCAUGGACGAACUCCUAAACCACAUUGUACACUGUUUAGUAACCUGAAAAUCAUCAUCAAGGAUCAGAAAGAGGAAGGAUUUGACGCAAGCACGAGGCGCGCUCAGGUUGCAUCCCUGCUAGAUACGUCCGCGUCUAAAGAUAGCUCUGCGGGAACGUUGUCGAUGGGAUUCGAUGGAAGAAUCAAUCGUCCGGAGGCGUUACCCUACGGCGAUCAUGCCAGUUUGGCAAACAGCCAGCAUGUCAGACACCCCAGACACAACGCCAGCGAAAUUGUCAUUAUUUGUUUGUCGAUUGUGUUCACCGUGGUUCUGAUGGCAACUCUGCUCCUUAUUUGUUUGCUGCGAAAACGUUCGACACAUUAUUUGAAUCAGAAGAAGAUAUUGACAGAAAACAGCCGAGAGCCUCGAGAACAUAACUGGAAUGAAGCGUGUUCAUCUGCACAACUCGCGGUGGAUUCCGAACCGGGUUUGAAACCAGAACAAGAUGCAGUCGACAGUCUGAUCAAUUCACAAUUACCUGAAACUAAGUCAAAUGACCAUGACCUCUCAACCUAUCCGCGUUCGGUAGACACCAUUCAAGAGGGCAGUAAUUUUGUCCCGGUCAGUUUGUCUAAAGAGCAGUAUCAUUUGCUUACGAGAACGGUGGACACGAGGAGAAGAAAUCUGCCUUGUGAAUUCCAAAGUCACGAAACACCGCUGAAUAUGGACCCCCCGCUUCUAUCCGGGGACAAUAGAUUUCCUACUGUUGCCGGGGCCGCCGGUCGAGUUCAGCAAAGAACGCAAACAAAUAAACCUCCGCGAACCAAUGAUUAUCAAACUUUGGAUUAUUUGGGGCUGGUCAGCACUGCUAUUCCUCAACGAUAUCCUCAUUUGUACGCAACUCAGCGCCGCCUUACCUAUAGUCCUUUAGGACCCACACCAAUGCGGAUGUAUCAUGGAGGAGUUUUUACGGGAAAUCGUCCACCCAAAGCCGAUUCAAUUCUUUUGACACACAUGAACCAACUUGCAACGACUGGGACCCGAUCACCUUUGCCCGACUAUAAAGGUUCCGACCCGAACUACUUGAUCAAUCAUAGUCACUCAAGAUCUCAGCCGCAGCCGAUGGACAGACGUUCAGUCGUUUACCCGUUUGUCGGUUCCCCAACUUUGUCCAAUCAAGUGCAGCAAAACCUGGCCCCGCUUAUCAAUCGUCCGAUACGUCCGGGAUUGAGAACUUUCCAACAGGUGGCAACCUAUCAGUCCAUUGUCAAUAGUAACACAAACAUGAACACUAGUACUGGUUCCGUUUCCACGGCAUUGUACGGUUCCCGUUCUAGCGGUUAUCCCAUUCAAUCCCAUACUUAUUACGAUAUAAGGCAACCGGAUCAACAGGACAAUUUUAACUUGCUACCCAAAUCGAAAUCUCAGCAAAUCCCACGUCACAACUCCAAACCCUCACCAUUGACUACGGACGUAAUAGACGAUGACAUUUCCGUGGAACAAACACAAAAUUGUAUUGGUGACAUCACUUCACCAUCCGUGGGAACGGAGCAAACUUGUAAUUCGGUGAUUAAAAACGACGACGAUGCCAAUGGGACAAGUUGGAGAGAUCCAAACACAAGGAAGGAUACUUCCGAAUGGACAAAAUAUCAGGGACAGCCCGAGGCGAGCAGCACCAGUAACGUAACUCGUUUUCUGUCCAGCCCGCUUGACUCUCCAAAGUACGUUGCUGCGGCAUACAAAGAGGCUAGCUUUGUGUGA